AUGUCUGAAGAGUAUGCUUAUAAGACUAAGAGUUAUUUAAAGAAUUGCAUAUAUGUUUACAAACUACCAAUCUCCAAGAAAAUACCAAUAAUUCAUUUUAAAUUAUUUAUUGAUCAAAAAAGAAUUUAAAUAAUUUUUAAGGAUAAAAUAAGUUCUAAUAAUUAAUUAUAAAUAUUUUUGAAGUUUAUUUUUUUUAGUUAUUUCAACAACUUAAUUUGA